UAUAACAUUAGUUGUAGUGAUAACUUUACAAUAUUUUUUCUGGUUAAAUAGUCUGCAUCACUUAUAGAUUGUUAAAGUUAAAAAAAAACACCACAGAAAUUAAUCAAAGAUGCGUGUAUCACCAUAUAUCAAUAAAGUUUUCAUAGUAGCAAAAGUUUAUAAAUAUUCAAUAUAGUUGAUAAAAAAUUUUCUAAAAUAGUGGUAAUGGCAGAGCUAAAUAAAAUCGAAAAGGAUAAAGAUUCAUUUACUGUUAAUGAUUUAGUACUGUGUUAUGAGCCAGAUCCUCAUAAAGCAAGAGUUUUAUAUGAAGCCAAGAUUAUUGACAUUGACCAAACAAAAGAUGACCAAGGAAAACUUGUUUCAGAGUUUUAUGUUCAUUUUCAGGGAUGGAAUAAAAGAUGUAUUCAUAAUGCCAAUAGUUGGGACAGAUGGGUUCUAGAAGAUCAAAUUUUGACAAUCAAUGAGAACAGUCGUGAGUUACAAAGUCAACUCUUCAAGAAAGCAGUGCAACUUAGAAAACGCAAACCUAAGAAAAGUGAAGAUGAUAAAAGCAGCGAAGACGAAGAAAAAGUGAAAAAAGAAGAAAAAGUGUUUGAUAUUCCGCUUGUAUCACUUGAUAUUCCAAAAGUUCUUGCAACUCACCUAGAAGAUGAUUGUUAUCGUAUUCAACGGAAAAAAAAGCUUGUGCUCUUGCCUCGGAAGCCCUGUGUUACACAGAUUUUAAAUGAUUAUUUAAAAGAAUGUAUGGAGAAUCCAAAAACAUAUGAUGGAAGAUAUUUAAGUUUAAAAAUUAUAGGCGAAGUUAUGGAGGGAUUGAAUACAUAUUUUAAUUUCUUUUUAUCUACUCUUUUACUCUACAAUUUUGAGCGAGAACAAUAUUUAACAUACUUUCCACACCAAGAUCAUUUUGAUGAGAAAAUGUCCCAAAAAGAUGGCUUGAAUACCACUCUUCUUACAAACACAUUAGAAUCCAAUGAAAUAGAUGAAUCCAAUGAAAUCGAUAAACCUUCAACUUCAAGCAGCUCAAAAGUUUUAGAUGAAGCGAUAUCUACAAGAAAAGAAGUACAAAUUGAAGUCUCAAAGAAGAGAAAAGAAGAAAGAAGGAAAAGUUCUCGUGAAAAAAAACCUAUAAAUAUUCUGCAGUCUGGUGUUUCAAAAAAUCAACCUCAAACAAGUGAAGGAAAAAACAUAGAAACUACUAGAUCUGAAAAAGAGAAAAAAACAAAGAACACAAACUAUACUUCAAUUUCAUUAAACAGGACUCGUAGAAAGAUAAAUUUGUAUACAGCUUCUGUAAAGGACACUGAUAACCAAUGCACUAUAGAAAACUCAAAGACAAUCCACAGAGCUAAAUUAUCUGGUUGUGGAGACGAUGUUUCAUCAAAUGACAUCAUAAAAGGAAAUCAAUGCAAUGAUAUCAAUGUACCUACAAAAACAGAUGUUCACUUUCGAAGAUCAACUCGAAGUCGCAAGUCUUCUGAAGAAGCAGCGGAAAAUGUUUCACAAAAAUCAGUUAAUAAUGAUGCUAAGGGUAAAGUAAAAAAAGCAAAUGAGACUGAAGGGUUUUUUAUGGUUUAUCCUCUUAUGCCAAAUGGCGAUUCUCCUGCAGAGAUAUAUGGCGUAGAACAUUUUUUGCGUCUAUUUGUAAAACUGCCAGUUUUGCUUGCUGUCGCGAAUAUAGAAGAAGAAAAAAUCAAUGUAUUUCUAAAAUGUGUUUCAAAUCUUUUGGAGUAUCUUUCAAAGAGAAAAGAUCUUUUUUCCAUGGAUGUGUAUUCUGACGCUAUCAUCUAAUUUUGAUUCAACUUAGAUUUAGAAACAUUAGACAUUUGAUAAACGAAAGCAUUCUGGUUGAUUCUUGUAAGAAAAGGGGAUUACUAAAAGCUAAUUGUUUUUACAAUAAAAACUACACACAAAUAAAGAUAUUAUAUUUCA